AGUUAGUCAUAUUAAGCACUUGGUCAUGAAAUAACCUUCAACGUUUGUUUGUUUAGUUUAAAAAUAUAUUAAAAUACUGAGCCCUUUGACAAAUGACUUUGAAAAGUGUGGGCUCGGUUAAAUGGACAGCGAUGCUGCUGGUUGUUUUGCUGCUGGUUGGCGGUUGCCUCACCUGUCGCGCCAUUUCUAAAUCGGACCUGGUUUCGUGCAGCAAGAACGGCGGCAAAUGUCGGGAAGUAAAGGUCUGCCCCAGGAAUCACCAAUCGAUGGUAAAAACUAUUUGCAUUUUACGAGGCAAAAUUUGCUGCAUGUCGAAGGUAAGACAUGAGAGAGCUGUGGACGUAAACUGAUGUAAAGGGUUUAUGCGAAGGUAUUAACAUGAUCAGAACGUACAAAAUCCAAGCGUUAUCUACAACAAGUACCAUCUCAACCGAAUCAGAGUAUAUUGUCUUGUAAUCUGUAAAUGUAAACAAGUAUGAACAAUUAAAGCUGUGAUCACCUCCAAAA